CUAAGCUGGUUAGUCAACCGAUUCUCUCCAUCGCCAGCAUGGAGGUGGCCGCAGCGGCACGAGACCUCUUCAGUACUCCCACGAGCACACCGCUCCUCGUGCUCAUCGCAGGCGCCACCGCCGUCCUCUACGCCGUGCUCCGGCGCCGGGGCAGCGGCCUCCGCCUCCCGCCGAGCCCAUUCGCGCUCCCCAUCCUGGGCCACCUCCACCUCCUGGCGCCGCUGCCGCACCAGGCGCUGCACCGGCUGGCCCAGCGCCACGGCCCGCUCCUCUUCCUCCGGCUGGGCUCCGUGCCCUGCAUCGCCGCCUGCUCCCCCGACGCGGCCCGCGAGAUCCUCAAGACCCACGAGGCCGCGUUCCUGGACCGGCCCAAGCCGGCGGCCGUGCACCGCCUCACCUACGGCGGGCAGGACUUCUCCUUCUCCCCCUACGGCGCCUACUGGCGCUUCAUGAAGAAGGCGUGCGUGCACGAGCUCCUGGCGGGCCGCACGCUGGACCGGCUGGCCCACGUCCGGCGCGAGGAGGUGGGCCGGCUCGUGCAGUCCCUUGCCGCGAGCGCCGCCGAUGGCGCGGCCGUGGACGUGGACGCGGCGCUCAUGGGCCUGACGGGCGACAUCGUGUCCCGCAUGGUGAUGGGCCGGCGGUGGACCGGUGACGACAACGACACGGAGGAGAUGCGGAGCGUGGUGGCCGAGACGGCCGAGCUCACGGGCACCUUCAACCUGCAGGACUACAUCGGCGCCUUCAAGUACUGGGACGCGCAGGGGCUCGGCAAGCGCAUCGAUGCCGUGCACCGCAAGUUCGACGCCAUGAUGGAGCGCAUCCUCACGGCCAGGGACGCCAAGAGGCGCCAGCAGAAGCUGGAUCAGGACGGCUGCGAAACCGAAGGGAAGGACAUUCUUGACAUCCUCUUCGACAUGCACGAAGACGAAGCCGCCGAGAUGCCGCUCAGCCGGGACAACAUCAAGGCCUUCAUGCUGGACAUCUUUGCGGCGGGGACGGACACGACGACGAUCACGGUGGAGUGGGCGAUGUCGGAGCUGAUCAACAACCCGGCCGUGCUCCGGAGGGCGCAGGAGGAGAUAGACGCCGUGGUCGGGAAAUCCCGUCUCGUGGACGAAUCCGACGUCGCCAGCCUGCCGUACCUGCAGGCGGUGGCGAAGGAGACGCUGCGGCUGCACCCGACGGGGCCGCUGGUGGUCCGUCGCUCCCUGGAGCAGUGCAAGGUGGGCGGGUACGACGUGCCGGCGGGGGCGACGGUGUUCGUCAACGUGUGGGCCAUCGGGCGCGACCCGGCGUGCUGGCCGGAGCCGCUGGAGUUCAGGCCGGAGCGGUUCCUCGGGGGCGGCUGCAACGCCGGGACGGACGUGCGCGGGCAGCACUUCCACAUGCUGCCCUUCGGGUCCGGCCGCCGGAUCUGCCCCGGCGCCUCGCUCGCCUUGCUCGUGGUGCACGCCGCGCUGGCCGCCAUGGUGCAGUGCUUCGAGUGGCGGCCCGUGGGAGGUGGGGAUAAGGUGGACAUGGAGGAAGGGCCAGGGCUCACGCUGCCGAGGAAGCACCCGCUCGUCUGCGCCGUCAAACCGCGCCUCCACCCCUUGCCGCUGCCGUGACGAGGAGGAGGAACCGUUCCCGCACCCGCCGCAAGAUGCUGCUGGACGGGGAAAAGAUUCGCGUGCUUCUGAAUCUGCCGUCCUCAAAAGUCAAAUCCAAGCAGCUCUGUGUAGUUUGUGCCGCUGUGCACUUGCAACUUUUAUUCUCGAAACUGUGAAGAUGCUCGUGAGGGUAUACUUCGAACUCCAAUUCGGUCAUCGGAAUUGGGAAAUGUUAUUUAUGCAUAUUAUUUUUGGGAGUGUUUAUUUUUUUCA